AUCGCAGUUUUUUUACUGUGCCGGAAGUAAAACAGAAAAAGAAAACAAACCUCAGCGAGACAGUCUCGAAAAGUCCUCGUCCUUGGCUACAUUACAUCACAGUUUGAUCUUGGUGUAGUUAAUGGUUUGUUGAUAUAACAUAGUAAACAUUAUUAAUGUUCUGAUAAACUCUUCAGGGGUCACGUUGAAGAUUCUCAUAAUAGCUUAGCUUGCUAGCUGCGAAGUUAGCAGUAUUGCUCAGCAACGCUCGAGUGUGAGUGUAAAGUGGUAUGAUUAUCGUGUGAAAAUGUGUAAAGUUGAAAUGCUGAGAGCGUUGCUAAAUCAGCGACUGAGUGCAGUCGUUGAAGAAGUAUUUGUAGUGUUUGAGAGAACCAUAGCUGAGUACGAGGAGGAACUUUGUCGGACAAAAGAGGAGAACGAGCGCCAACGUCUACUCCUGGAUGCUGUUUUCAAGAAGUCUCGACACGUACCAGAUAUCAGUAAAGAAGAUCCUAAUCUCGAGCAGCAGGAGCGGAGUUCCGGGGUGAAGCAGGAGGAGCCCAAGCCACCCUACAUUAAAGUGGAAGAGGACGGGGAGCUUCUUCAAGCCCUGGAUUUCUCAGUGUAUCGUGUCAUUGUGAAGAGUGAAGACGAUGAAGACAAAGUUCAGUGUGAGGAGAACGGAAGGACAGAGGCUGCAAGCAGCAGCUCAAGUCAUCACAAGACAACAAGAGAUGAUGGAGGAUCACAAGCAACCAGCCGCUUAGCGCCACUAUCAGAUAGUGGUGACACGAUGUCUGAUACUGACGAUGAACACCAUAAAGGUGAUGUGACAGGACACACUGAUAACAAACAUGUGAAAUGUACUCAGUGUGACAAAACAUUUGGAAACAAGCGGAAUCUUAAACGGCACAUGAGAUGUCACACAGGAGAGAAACCUUUCCCGUGCUCAGAUUGUGGCAAAAGAUUCUCUCGAAAGGAUUAUUUAAUAACACACACGAGAAAACACACGGGAGAAAAACCUUUUUCCUGCUCAGUCUGCAACUCAAGUUUUACUUUUCAAUCGGCAUUAUUUCAACACAUGGAAACGCACUUUGGGGAGAAACCGCAAUGUCCUCAGUGUGACAAAACCUUUGGCAACAAGAGAAACCUGAUAAGACAUAUGAGGCGUCACACGGGAGAGAAACCAUGCAUCUGCUCAUUCUGCGGUGAAAGAUUCUCCCUGAAGAGAAGUUUGAUCAGACACAUCAGAACACACAUUGGUGAAAAAACCUUCUCCUGCUCAAUCUGCAACACAAGUUUCUGCUAUCAGUCCGGUUUGAGUAAGCACAUGAAGAAACACACCGGUCAAAGUGUUGAACUCAAGUGUGUGUGAUUAGAAGAAUAACAUAAAAGUUGGGAUGUAUAAAUACAAAGAUAACAGGAAUGAAAAUCAGUGUGAGCAUGUAUUCAAUAUUCUUGCUAUACAGAUUAAGGCCCAUUUACAAGUACACUCUUUGUCCUCUCUAGUAAGACAAAUUAGAGCACUAUAGUACCCUUGGGGCUCCAUAAAAUGUGGGGGUCUCAGAAGUUUUUUUUUUCAUCAAAAGGCCUAUUAAAACUCCUUUAAUGACUAUUGUUAUAUUCUUAAACGUUUUUUAUUUUAAAUUCUUCCCUUUUUUUUACCUUGAUUUUUGUAAAGGUAUACUGUAUGUUAAACUGCUAUUUUUAUUGUAUCCUCUGUUUUUAACCUACUGUAGCACUUUGAGACUACUAUAAAAUAUAAAUUAUAUUUAUUAUAAUUAUUAUAAUAAUAAACAUUAUUGUGGCACAGGAACAAGCGGUACAAAAAAUGGAUGGAUAAUAAUUAUUAUUAUCCAUUAUUAUUCAUUUAUUAUUAAUUAUUAUUAUUACUAGUAGAAAAAGUCAUGUUUCCCACUUCUGGGUGAUAUUCUCGUAGGAGACCUUUGGGACAAUUGCAUAUAACUAGUGAGUCAAAACUGUGGACUCUGACAUCUGUGCACUACCAGCGCUACAAGUGAAGUGCUUGAUAUCUAGUAGAAUUUGAUCAUGUCACUAGUACAACACAUUAACUACUGCGCAGUUUCCUCUCACAAGUAACAUGUAUGUUGGUGUCCUGCUAGUGUGUAGAGAUUUCUUACAGUAGUGGAAAUAAGUGUCACUAGUAACGCACGUUUUACUAGUACAUUGAAUUGUCUUACAAGUGAGGGGAAAAGAGCAUACGAGUACAUGAACCUUAAAGGGCAAUAAAUGCCCAACUGACUCUCCAUAGAUAGCAUGUAUACAUGGACACAAACACUGAUGCCUGUGAAUAUAGAAGAGGAUGUGUAUUGUAUGUGGACUGUUUUGAUAUGUUGUGAUGUGAUAAACCCUGUUAUAGUCCUGCAGUAUACAGUAGCUCUCUGUUCUUGCGACAUGUAUUGUCAUGCUUAAUGAGUGUAUUUUCAUACACUCAUAAGUAUCUAAUCCAUUCAUCAUUGAAGACCACAACAAUGUUAUAAUAUUGUUCAAUAAAGAUGUCAAAGAUUGUGCAAA